CUUCUAGUCGCUUCUUCUACGGAAGUAGGUAUUGCGCAUGUGUAAUCGCAUUCCGGAGACUUCACAGCAGAUACCAAAACACACGAGAAUAAUAUAACCCGUCUACAGCGGCAGUACGUGACAACUGUGGUUAUUUUGUCAUCAGCUUAGGCAUUACUAUGAAUGACCAGUGACAAAUCAUCCUAAAGAUGUAUCAUCUUGUGGAUGGCUAAUUGCUGGUAAACGUUGCUGUUGUUUUGGCUCUCAAUCAACUGGGGCACUAUUCUUCAUUUUGGGCAGCCGGUUUCAGCCACAGCCAUGGUGUGCAUUCCCUGUAUUGUGAUUCCUGUCCUGUUGUGGGUCUACAAGAGGUUCCUGGAGCCUUUCCUCUAUCCUUUCAUUUCACCGAUUAUUAAUACAUUCUGGACCAAAAAAGCGGUUCAGGAGACUGGCGCUACUGACAAAAAAGUUAGCGAAAAGAGUAAUGGGACUUGCAUGCCUGAAAGCAACGGUGAUGCCACUGCCAAUGGAUCCUUUAUAGCAGCAGAUAAGAAGACAGAUUGACGGCUAUAAAUGUUCAUAAUGCAUCUAAAACAAUGUAAAUAUUACAGUACGUUAAUAUAAAAUAGAGAAACUAUUAAUUAACUUAUCAUUUCUUCUUUGAAUGGAGUGGUUUUUGAUUACCUUCCAUAGUAUGCGUACCUUGCUUUUACUUUUUUUCCAUUUGUUUUACAAUAACUUUAAGAAAUUGGUCAUUGUUAAUAUAUUCCUUGUUAAUCAUAAAUUGAUAUAUGCAUUUACUGUGUUGAAUAUUCACACUCAGUGGAAUAGUUUUUCUAAAACAAACUUGCAGUUUAAUGAAUGAAUAAAAGAAAGCCUUCAAAUCAAAAAAGUGGCUGCUUUAUUGCUCCCAUACAAAGAUUGGCUUCCACUUUAACUAGCUUGCUCACUUCAUAUUGUAAAGUCAUUAAGGGUUCAAUUUUGUUUGUAUUUUUGAGAUAUUUUAAAUGUAACUAACAGCAGUAUCAUACCUGUAAAAAAAUGGUUUGAGAUUUGUAAUGACAAAUAGUGAAAAAACAAGAUUUUAGCAGUUUCAUGACAAUUUUAAAAUGAGUAAAAGAUUUUUUAGAUAAAACUGGAAGUAGAUAAAAAUUAAUAGUUCAACCCAGGCAUGCACAUAUACAUACAUACAUACAUACAUACAUACAUACUGUAUACAUGCCAAUUGUGUACACAAUAUAUGCUUCUUUUCCUUGGUUAUCAUGAAUUUAUACAUACAACAUGUACUUGUAUACCUGUAUGUAUUUACUCUUAGUGGAAUAGUUUUCCUCAAAUUUCAAUGAAUCAAUAAAUAAAAUACAAUCUUA